AUGGCGAAGGGCUCUGCAUUUCUUCGGCUGUUCUCAGGCCUCCUAUUCUUCCUGUCAGGAAUCCUCGCUCUCGAGCUCGGCGACAUCUUUACGCUUCAGGACCGUUCAAAUGAUGGCGGCUGCAACGACAGACUGGCCGUUUUGGAUGAUUGGCAUACAGAAUCCAUUUACAGUACCGAUGCGGCAGUGACCGCCAUUGACAACUAUGACAGAGAAGUAGAAGUCAGACGGUCACUGAGCGUCUUCUUUGGAAUUGCAAACCGAGCAAGGACUGGAGUUAAUACACCCUCGUAUCAAGCCAGAAUGAGGGUCAGAGAAAACAUCAUACGCGUUAGAGACUUUCUCAACGACAACCCUGAUUACAACAGAGACGACUACCUAUUCUUUUGUGACAGCACCUUCUUCACCCUGCAUGAAAGAACCGACCCAGCACUCGAUUUCCAAGGCAACGAGAUUCGAGACCAGAACGGGGACCCAGUUCCCAUUGACAGCGUACCGGAAUACCGGACUGCGCUGAACGAAGAUCCCGACAACAAGGCUUGGUGGUCUGGCGAUCUCCUGGAAAACAUGAAGGGGUACUUCUUCACGGAAUACGGCGCCAACUACUGCUACGAUGACGACCUCGGCGUCACCGCCGACAUUCAACCGUACAUUCAAGGAGCCAACGGCCAGGCUGUGACUGGUGACAGUAAAACAAGCCUGAUCAUGUGCCCGCACAGUUUUGACAGAACCGACAUGCCAAAUACCUACAGAGACGCAAACAACUUGAUCACCGACAGCCCGCCGACGAAUCUCGCGGAUGCCAUUCCCAAGAGUGCCACCUUUCUUCAUGAGAUGUUCCACACUCUCUACGGAGGGUACUUUCUAGCAGGAGAUGAUGAGACAUACGACAUUGCCGCCUGCCAGAACCUUGCGAGGAGUAACCCGAACGAGGCUGAGAUCAACCCCGAGAACUACGUCUUCUUCAUUGCUCACAUGUAUCACUUAUUUGGAGUUCCUGAUGCCAAUGAAGCGUGGUCUAUUCCACACCAAUGGACCUUUAGACACCAAGGCGUAGGCCAAAACCGGGUAUUUGGGGCAGCAUAG